AUGUCCAAGGUUGCUGCUAGCGGUGUUAUCCCCGGAAACAUCUCCACCCAGCGCGUCAAGCUCAACAACGGCCAGGAGAUCCCCCAGGUUGCUCUUGGUGUCUACAAGGCUCCCAACGAUGGCUCCACCGAGAACGCCUGCAAGUGGGCCUUUGAUGCUGGCUACCGUCACAUCGACUCUGCCGCCCGUUACAUGAACGAAGAGGCGGUCGGCCGCGCCCUCGCCGAGUGGACCAAGGAAAACAACGUGCCCCGCUCCGAGAUCUGGAUCACCUCCAAGCUCUGGGAUGCCGACCACGACAAAGCCGCCGCCGCCAUUGAGGACUCGCUCAAGAAGCUCAACGUCGACUACAUGGACAUGUACCUCAUGCACUCGCCGGGUACCAUGGGCCCCGAGAAGCGCCUCGAGGCAUGGAAGGCCCUCGAGGACGCCGUCGACGCCGGCAAGAUCAAGACCAUCGGCGUCUCCAACUUCGACGUCGAGGAGCUCGACCACCUGCUCGCCAACUGCCGCAUCAAGCCCGCCGUCAACCAGAUCGAGUCCCACCCCUUCUUCGCCCACGAGGAGCUCCGUGAGGCCUGCAUCCAGCGUGGCAUCCACAUCCAGGCCUACUCCCCCAUGGCACAGGGCCAGGCACUCGACCGCCCCGAAAUCAAGGCUAUCGCACAGAAACACGGCAAAACACCAGCUCAAGUACUCCUUAAAUGGGGCCUGAACCUUUCAAACAUCAUCCUCCCCAAGAGUCUAACCAAACAUCGCAUUGAGGCGAACGCGCAACUCUUCGACUUCGACCUGGACUCUGACGACAUGGACGUAUUGAACAACUUGGAUGAAGGUCUCAAGGUCGGAAAGCUCGGUCCGGCAGGCACAUCGCAGCCCCCUUCGCCUGGCGGAACCCGCCCUGGCUCCCGCAGGUCCUCUGGCUCUGGCGGUCUUUCGGGAAACAAGUUGCAGAUGUCCUCCUCGUAA